AUGUUCCAGCAACAAUUCACGAUUGGACAAGGAGCAUCCGAACGGAGCCAUGCACUGAGCUUCCCAAGCAUCGAGAGCAUUCAGGAGCUCAAGGCCGGCAUCGCGCGAAUCUUCUCCGUGUCCGACUCUAACUCCAUUUGCUUUUAUCAUCAUCGAGACGUCCUCACAUCACUGGAUAAAAUUGAGAACAAUGAGGGCCCGGUGCAUAUCCGGGUGAAUGGCGAAGUUGUGCGAGAGCCGCCUGGGCCAGAGCCGCUACCGUACGUAGGAAACCGCUAUGAGCUUUACCCAGAUCCGCUUGGCAACUAUGAUCGUCUUUUUGCUCGAUACGGACCAGUCAUCAAGACGACCAACAUGGGGACGACCACUUACCUCACCAAUGACCCAGAUGUGUCUCGCGAGGUACUGCGUGAUGGGGACUUCUUUACCAAGACCACAUCAGAUCCUAGUCACCCGCUAUACUACAUGAGGAACAACGAGGCUCUCUUCACUUGCGACAGUGAUGCGCCAGCUUUCAAGUUGGCGCAUAAGUUCAUCCCGCCCAGCCUGACCAUUAAGGCUGUUAGACAAUACACGCCGACUGUCUUGGCAUGUGUUGCGAGGUCCUUCAAAGUUUUUGACGAGCUCGAUCAACAAGAGCUCGCUUUCAACGUUUACCAGUACACUUUCAAAAUGGCCGGUGAAAUCAUCUGGAAAGUCAUUCUUGGCAUGGACUUGGGCCAUUUCGACUCGAUUGACGCCAGGCCUCAUGAGACCAUCCGACUUUUGGGGGAGUACCUCUCGCUCAUGAAAAAGACAUCGUUGCGGGGGAGCUGGUACGGUUAUCUGCCCUUUGGCACGCCGAAGAGACUCAAACUCGUGCGAAAACUCCUCUGGGACGGAGUCGCUAAGGGCAUCGAGGAAUCGUCCAAAACUACGGGCGACCUCCCCAUGAAAGACGCAGCGCUGCACUCAGCCAGCGUGGCCGACUACCUCCGCCGGGCGACCGAUGAGCAUGGGGAAAAGUUGCCCGAGAACCUCCUUCUCAGCAACUGCGUCAUCAUGAUUGGAGCCGGUUUCGUGACGACGUCCUCGUUGCUCGCAUGGCUCAUCUAUGCCCUGGUAAAGUAUCCAGGGAACCAGGAGCGGCUGCUCCAAGAGCUCGUCGACUACGGCGCUUCGUCAGACAAGCCGUGGUCCUACGAAGAGCUGAGCGAGAUGCCGUUCCUAGACAGGUUUGUGAAGGAGACGCAGCGCAUGCACAACCCAUCAUUCCAGACGGCCCGGAAUGCCAAACUAGACGUUGUGCUUCCGGGGGGGUACUUCAUCCCAAAAGGAUCCGUUGUUAUUCCCACAUUCCCUUCGCUACACAAGAAUCCGGCUCAUUGGGAUAAUCCGACCUGUUUCGACCCCGAUAGAUGGGAUACUGACGCCGUCAAGAGACGACACAAGAUGUCGUAUACGCCGUUUGCAGCCGGAGCAAGGGGCUGUAUUGGUUAUAAUCUCGCAUUCUUGGAGGUCAAGAGUGUCUUGGCGAAGCUUGUAUAUCGCUAUCACUUCGAUAAUGCCUCGACAGAGGCGGUCGUGUACGACCCCGAGUUUAUUGUUGUUCGGCCGUUGAACUUUUACGCUCGGGCAAUCAAACGGACAGAAUGGCCGGAAAAGCACGCAAAGGCGUGA